AUGAAGUUCUCCAGCAUUUUUGCGCCUCUCGUUCUGGCCUCGGCCGUCACCGCUGCUCCCGGCUGGAGAGACUGGCACGGCGCAGGUCCAAAAUGCCCUGAGAGCACUUGCCUGUCUCAAGCCGACGCGGAUGACAUUGUUGCCAAGUUCAUCAGCAUUCUUGAUCAUCCAGACGUUGCUGCUUCGAAUGUCACUGCUCAAGCCUUGCUGGGGGACAAUUUCUUCGAGAAGUCUGACUCCAUCAAUAUGCUUGCUGGUCACCCGAUUGGCGCUACCACAUUCUCUGGCAAGACUCAGUACAUUCAAGGUGUUCUCCUCGCUCCAUCUAUCACCAACAUCACGACGUACAAGACCAUGGUCGCUGGCUGCACCAACGUUCUAUGGUACUGGAACAUGGCGGGCAUUGGAAGCAAAAAGAUCCCAGUUAAUGGAUUCAACCUCUUUGAGAUCACCCCUGAGAAGCAGAUCGCCGACAUGUUCGUUGAAUUCAACAACAUUGGAUGGGGCAUCGACACUGGCUUCACCGUCACCAGCCGCAAUGGCACGAAGCUUCCCUUGGCAUAA